AAAUUUAUUGAUUUUGGACAAAUUAAAGUUCAAAUAUUAACUGAUAUUAUUGAACCAUUAGAAAUUACUCCUACUGUAACGGUUUAUCGACAUCAAAUUAAAUCAAAUAAUUCAGAAAUAAAUUAUAUUCGUGGAAUACCAUCAUUAUAUAAAUUUGCUUACGUUUGGGAUAAAUCAUCAUGUGGAUCAAAACUUAUUAUAGAAGAUAAUGGAAAAGUUAUACGUGCACAAUAUGAUUGUUAUUUUCAUCAAAGUGUUAAAGUUAAAAUGAUAUUAGAAAAUAAAGGUAUUUUUAAAUGGGAUGUAAUUAUUGAAAAAGAUUGUGAAUAUGCUUGGGUUGGAGUAUGUUCAUCAGAAAAUUUUAAUUAUGAAAUAUUUGCAGGAAGUCAGCAUAGUGGAUUGGUAUUAGGUUCCAAUGGUUGUUGUUUUAAUUCUGGAGAUUGGGUAAAUAAUUAUUGUCCACCAUUUAAAGAGGGUGCAAUGAUUACUGUUCAUUUAGAUAUGAAUAAAAGAACUUGUGCUUUUACAGUUAAUGGUAUAAGAUAUUCGGAGGUAUCAGGAUGGAGUAACUCACCAUUGAAACUUUCUCCAGCAGUAUCAUUAUGUUACCCUGGUCGCCUUCGGAUUCAGAAUUGUCGAAAAAUUUGA